CCCCAUAAUGGAUCACUCAUGGAGCGUUCCUGAUGCUCAAAAACGCCCACUAACACUAACGAAUGGUGCCUGUAACCUUAGUAGAUCUCAACGGCUGUGGCGGUGCUCCAAGCGUGGCUCAUUUCACGACAGCCACAUACUGUUCACCCACCCCCACUAUCCGCAAUGAUUUCCGUCAAGCCGACAUGCAUGGGCCCACCAAAAUUUCUGAAUGCAAUUCUCAGUUGCUAGCACUUUUCUUCACAUAGGAUCUCCAGCUCAACCACGCGUUAUAGCGCAUACCCUUACUUUCAUUCAUAAUGGAUAUUCUCAAAGUUCUAUCCCGUGGAACCAAAAAGACACAAAAGAAUAGCCAAAACUCUAGCAAUUCUUUGCAGAAGCUGCCCUCGGCUGGUACAUCCACAAACCCUCAGCUCUACCAUGAUCAGGUCCGCGGCCAGAAGCGAAAGCGAACAAAGAAUGAGCCUGAACCCGAAGCUCACGAUGAGCUCCCCGAAGUCGACUUCUUUGCCCCCAAGCCAGAGCCUGUAGCCAAGGCAGCUGUUGAGACGGCGGAGCCUGUUCAGGUACCGAAACCUACACGACCGUCUCGAAUGUUGAGUGAGGACGAGUGUCGCCAGCUGCUACGAUCGCAUCGAUUAAAGAUUACUCUCCUGUCCAAGACGGAGGAUCAGCCCAAGGUCAAGAAGAGCAAGAAAAAGAAGAAGUCUGCAGUUGAAGUGAAGAAAGAUGGAAAGAAGCAGCUCUUCCCGCAACCUUUGGACUCUUUUGGCGAGCUGCGUAAUGCCUACGGUCUCUCAAACAAGGUCGCCGAUAACCUUGUUUUUCAGGGAUACCGAGUUCCUACUGAAGUUCAAAUGGGCAGUCUUCCUCUUCUCGUUAACCCCCAGGCUGCCCUAAAAGACGAAGAUGGACUGGGAGCAGGAGUCGAUUUCCUUGCAAUCGCCCCCACGGGAAGCGGGAAGACUAUUAGUUUCUUGGUUCCCGCUAUAAAUAACAUCUUGUGCAGGCGGUCGCGGCAAAGUCUCGGCGAUAUCCACGAACUCGAGGCGAUUAUUGUUGCACCAACUCGCGAAUUGGUGCAUCAGAUUGUUAGCGAAGGGCAGAAGCUUGCUCAAGGAACUCGACUGAAGGUCGUUUCAAUGAAGAAGCAUACGCAACUUUCAGCUGAGCAAGUGGAUAUGGCGGAAGACGGCUCUGAGGAUGAGGAGGAUAAGGAGUCAGAUUCUGAGGAUGAGGAGGAUAAGGCAGACGACAAGCCCGAGCAAAUCACGAAGGCUGAUAUUCUGGUCACCACGCCCUUCCUCCUACUAAAGUUUCUUACUUCGGGACCUCCAAGCACACAGAAGGUUCUGCCUACUGUGAGAGACUUGAUAUUGGAUGAAGCGGAUGUUCUGCUUGAUCCUCUUUUCCGAGAUGCCAUGAUGUCUGACUGGACGGCAUGUACAAACCCCCACUUGAGGGUGUCAUUUUGGUCCGCUACGAUGGGCUCAAACAUUGAGUCUAUGGUUACAGAGAAGUUGACUUCAAGAGCACAGUCGCUGGGUAUCACACCGAAGCCCUUUGUGAGGCUCGUCGUGGGUCUUAAGGAUACUGCUGUUCCAAACAUUGCACAUAAACUUAUAUACACUGCAACCGAGCAAGGUAAACUACUGGCAUUGCGCCAGCUGUUGCACCCUACGGCUGCUGAUGAUUCGGGCCCUCCUCUGCGACCCCCUUUCUUGGUCUUUACACAAACAAUUGACCGAGCGACUGCUCUGCACGAGGAAAUGCAAUACGAUAUUCCCCUUGAGGCUGGUGGUGCGGCAAGAAUUGCUGCCCUCCACAGUGGUCUCACAGACUCUGCUCGAUCUUCCAUCAUGCGCAAGUUCCGUGCUGGAGACAUCUGGGUUCUUAUCACAACAGAUGUGUUGGCACGAGGUGUAGACUUUGCCGGAGUCAACGGUGUUGUCAACUACGAUGUCCCCGGCUCCAGCGCGGGCUACGUCCACCGCGCAGGACGAACAGGCCGAGCAGGUCGCGAAGGUGGCGUGGCGGUCACAUUCUACACCAAGGAGGACAUUCCCUUUGUCAAGAUGGUCGCCAACGUUAUUGCUGCAAGCGAGAAGCAGGCUGGCAAAACAGGAGAUGAGGCUGGGGUACAAAAGUGGCUCCUAGAUGCUCUCCCUAAUGUUGGCAAGGCAGAUCGCAAAAAGCUCAAGGAACGAGGUGUGGAAGCGCGCCGGAGUGGAAGCAAGGCCAAGAUUACAUCCAAGAGCGGGUAUGAAAGACGAAAGGAGAACAACCGUCGUGGUGCUAUUGAGGGUAGCAAGAAGAGGAAAUUGCAGGCGAAUGAGGACAGUGGUGAUGAUGGUGAAUGGGGUGGUUUCGAUGACUAAGGAUAUGUAUUACCAUAAUCUGGAAACGUUCGCAUGGAAAAGCAUGAAUAUCUGGAGAUAGAGGGUCAUGUCAUCUGGAGCUCUGAAGACCAUAAAAGCAGAAAAGCUUGGACUUGCGAGUCGAGUUUGACGGUUAGUUUUACUUAUAGCUAGUUCCGCUUCAGGCAUAAUAUGUCUCAAAAUAAUGUGAUAUAGAGGAGACUUCUCAUGGAACUCCCGCCUUUUUCAU